AUGGCGCCCCCUGCAGAGGACGGUGCGGAUUGGAAGGAUCAGAAUGGUGAGGCCGCCGACUUGGCUCAGACCUAUCGGGAUCUUGUCAGAGGAGAGCAAGCUGCCGCCGCCCUUGAGGCAAGCCUCACGACGCUCGAGUCCAAGCUCGACGCCAUGUUGGAAGCCCUCGAGGACAAGGCCGACGCCUCGUCUCCGGCAGCCGACGAAAAGUCCCCCGCCACUGACACCAAAAUCGAAGACAAGCCUCAAGCCAAUACGUCUGGUAACGAAAAGCCAGCUGGCCAUGGCUCGAGCAAGACGGCUGAAUGA